CUGCAUUUCGCCAAUCUUCCUUUCCACAUCCGCCCGCCGCCGCCGCCGCCGCCGCCUGCUUCCCACCGGCUCCCGAUCUCCGAGGCAAGCAGCGCCCGGCCGCCGCCGCCGCCAUGGCGUUCGAGAAGAUCAGGGUCGCCAACCCCAUCGUCGAGAUGGACGGUGAUGAGAUGACCAGGGUAUUCUGGCAGUCUAUCAAGGACAAGCUUAUCUUUCCAUUUCUGGAUCUGGACAUUAAGUAUUAUGACUUGGGAAUUCUCCACCGUGAUGCAACUGAUGACAAGGUCACUGUGGAAGCUGCAGAGGCUACUCUCAAGUACAAUGUGGCUAUUAAGUGUGCAACGAUCACUCCAGAUGAAGCUCGGGUUAAGGAGUUCAACCUAAAGCACAUGUGGAAGAGCCCAAAUGGCACAAUUAGGAACAUUAUAAAUGGCACUGUAUUCAGAGAGCCAAUUAUAUGCAAAAAUGUCCCAAGGCUUGUUCCAGGAUGGACUAAGCCCAUUUGCAUUGGAAGGCAUGCCUUUGGUGAUCAGUACCGAGCAACUGAUGCAGUUCUGAAGGGGCCUGGCAAGCUCAAGCUGGUUUUUGAGGGAAAAAAUGAGCAGAUUGAUCUUGAGGUGUUCAAUUUCACUGGUGCUGGAGGAGUUGCCUUGUCCAUGUACAACACUGAUGAGUCAAUCCGAGCUUUUGCUGAAGCUUCUAUGACAACUGCGUAUGAGAAGAAAUGGCCACUGUAUCUUAGCACCAAAAACACAAUCCUGAAGAAAUAUGAUGGAAGGUUCAAGGAUAUUUUCCAGGAGGUCUAUGAAGCUGGGUGGAAAUCCAAGUUUGAGGCUGCUGGAAUAUGGUAUGAGCAUCGUCUUAUUGAUGACAUGGUUGCCUAUGCACUUAAGAGUGAAGGAGGCUAUGUGUGGGCUUGCAAGAAUUAUGAUGGAGAUGUGCAGAGCGAUUUCUUAGCUCAAGGUUUUGGCUCAUUGGGUUUGAUGACAUCAGUAUUGGUGUGCCCUGAUGGAAAAACAAUUGAAGCUGAAGCUGCCCAUGGCACAGUUACCCGUCAUUUCCGUGUUCACCAGAAGGGAGGCGAGACAAGCACAAACAGCAUCGCUUCAAUCUUUGCUUGGACAAGAGGACUUGCUCACAGGGCAAAGCUAGACGACAAUGAUAGACUUCUUGACUUUGCACUAAAACUUGAAGCUGCUUGUGUUGGGACUGUGGAAUCUGGAAAGAUGACCAAAGACCUUGCUCUUCUUAUUCAUGGAUCUUCAAACGUCACUAGAAGCAAUUACCUGAACACUGAAGAGUUCAUUGAUGCGGUUGCUGCGGAGCUCCGGUCAAGACUGGCAGCCAAUUGAGUUUAAGAUAUUUGGCAACUUAAGCGCUUAAUUUCCCGUCUGUUAAAAGUCCGGUUCGAAUGAACUUUUACAGCGUCGUUACAAAUUGUUGUCAAUCCAAGCAGGCCAUAGUUGCUGAUAUCACGUAGACGGGAUCCUCAAAAUAAAGGAUAUAUAGAACAUUUGGUCAUUGCUGAUGGUUGUGUUCUCUACAUUUUCAUAUUAUUGUCCAUCUGGAAGUAAUCUACCUUGCUCA